AUUUUUUUUUUUUAGGUCAUCUUCUCACUCUAGUAAAUUACUCGUUUUCGUAUCAAUCGAUUUUGUUUGUUCUCUGCUUUUUUGGUUUAGGGUUUUAGCUUUUCAAAGUUAAAACCUUUUUUUCCCGAAGAAGAAUCAAUACGACUCAAAUCAAUCAAUUGAAUCUAUGGCGAUGGCUAUGAGACUUCCAGCGAUAUCUAGAGCUGUGACGGAAGUAGCUUCAGCUCCGGUUGGUUUGAGACGACUGUUCUGUUCAAAUGCUUCAAGGUUCUCUUUUUUGUCUCCACAAGCUGAAUCCCAAACACCGGCUCGUCCUCAGGCUGAACCUAGCACCAAUCUCUUCGUCUCCGGGCUUAGUAAGCGCACCACUUCUGAAGGACUAAGGACUGCUUUUGCUCAGUUUGGAGAAGUUGCUGAUGCUAAGGUUGUCACAGACAGAGUAUCAGGAUAUUCCAAAGGGUUUGGAUUUGUUAGAUAUGCCACUUUAGAAGAUUCUGCCAAAGGCAUAGCUGGAAUGGACGGGAAGUUUCUUGACGGUUGGGUCAUAUUCGCAGAGUAUGCAAGACCGAGAGAGCAAUCACAGUCAUAUCAACCUCAGAACAACAUGUCUCGUCCUCCAUACUAUGGUAACCGCUAGAGAAACAGUUUUCUUCGGUUCUUAUGAAUCUUUUAUAUUCAUAUUUAUGCUUCAUUCUAUCCUCUUCUAUGAUCGAACUGUGUUGUGCUUCGUCUCGUGUUAUUACCUUUAGAAGAUUAAAAACUUCAAAUUAUAUUUUGAAGGAAUAAUCAGAAACUGUCAUUUACAAAACCAAAGUAUUAAGUGUAAUAGUUUUUUAAGAGGAAGAGGAUUUUGCUUACAUGGUUAACUCGGAAAUACUUAAAACGUCAUCGUUUUGUUGUUUGUGAUUUAAUUGAUUGGACCGGUAUGUAAUGAGAUUGAUCGGGUUCUGAGAAAUUCAGAUCCGGUUUUAGUGUUGUUGAUUUUUGGUCGACUUUAAAA